AUGGCACCCCCGAAGAAAUGGAUAGUGAACGCGUUCGUGGAGAUGUGUAGUGGCCAUCAGUCUCCUGGACUAUGGAGGCAUCCAGAAGAUCACUCGCACGAGUUCGGCGACGUGGAGCAUUGGGUCGAACUUGCAAAGCUCCUGGAAGAGGCCAAGUUCCACGGAAUCUUCAUUGCCGAUGUUCUCGGUGGCUAUGAUGUUUACAACGGCAACCUCGAUGCCGCGAAGAUCUCUGGCGCGCAAUGGCCCGUCAACGAACCGCUCAGUGUUGUAAGCGCAAUGGCAGCAGCGACAAAGAGCAUUGGUUUUGGCGUAACAGUGUCGACCACGUACGAGCAGCCUUACCACUUGGCUCGCCGGCUAUCAACCGUUGAUCAUCUAUCGAAGGGCCGAUUGGGAUGGAACAUUGUUACCAGUUACCUCGACUCCGCUGCCCGUAACAUGGGCUUCAAGGAGCAGGUGGCACACGAAGAAAGAUAUGCUCAAGCUGAAGAGUACGUGAGAGUGAUGUACAAGCUGUUCGAGUCGUCAUGGCGUGACGAUGCGGUUGUGCUUGACCGCGAGAAGGGGGUGUACACAGUUCCAGAGCGGGUCCGCGAGAUCAACCACAAGGGCAAAUACUUCACAGUCCCUGGACCUCAUAUCUGUCAGCCAAGCCCGCAGCGCACCCCGCUGCUUCUUCAAGCUGGAACCUCCAAGGCUGGUAAGAAAUUCGCUGCCGAAAGCGCGGAAGCUAUAUUUGUCAGUGCCUUCAGCCCCUCGGUGCCCGCGAAAAGUAUUGCAGAGAUUAGGGAGUUAGCAGCAUCGCAACACGGUAGAGACAGAAACAACAUCAAGGUCCUGGCGCUUGUGACUCCAAUUAUCGGGCGGACCGAAGAAGAGGCCCAAACCAAACUGGCUGAUUACCGCAAGUAUGCCUCGCUCGAUGGUGCACUGGCUCUUUUCUGCGGGUGGACAGGUAUCGAUCUUGGCAAGUAUGGCGACGAUGAAGAGCUUCGACAGGUUGAGAGCAACGCCGUGAGAUCGACUGUGGAGGCAUAUGCGAAGUUCUCUCCCGGAACAUCGAAGUGGACAAAGCAUACCGUUGCUGAGCACGUGAGCAUUGGUGGAAAUGGUCCCAUCAUCGUGGGGACACCGGCUCAGGUGGUAGACGGACUGCAGACCUGGGUUGACGAGGCUGAUGUUGACGGAUUCAAUUUCGCUUACGCCUUGUUCCCGCAAUCGUUCAAAGAUAUCAUUGAGCUUUUACUGCCGGAAUUGAGAGCGAGGGGUUUGUUCUGGGAUGAUUACGCUGUUCCGGGAGGCACGUACCGAGAGAACUUCUAUGGAAAGCCAGGGCAGAAGGGCCCACUGGACGAGCAUGUCGCGUCGAAGUACCGCUGGAAGGCUGGAGUCGAUGCCAAAGACCACGCAAUCCCCGAAUGA